GGGGCCCAAAGGAGGACGUCCCCGCGAGUUCUCCCUUGGGCCCUGAAGCCUGCCUCCAGGAUGAAGAAGAUUUUCAACUUCGGCAAGAAGAAGGAGCAGUCUUUUUCUCACCCCUUCUGCAAGAUGCAGAAUUACUUUGAAGAUGGAACACCAGAUCUCAACCCAGGUUAUGUGAUCAGGAACAAGGACCUUGGGAAGCUCCACAAAGCUGCCUCCAUCGGGGAUGUGGAGAAAGUGCUGCAGCUGCUCGGGAAGCACAACUUGAAUGAUCGCGAUAAAAUGAAGCGAACACCUCUUCACUUGGCCUGCGCUAAAGGCUAUCCAGCUAUUGUGUUUCUCUUAGUAGAGAAAAAAUGCAAAGUAAAUCUGAGGGACAAAGAUGGUCGAACACCUUUAAUUAAGGCAGUACAGUGUAAGGAGGAGGAGUGUGUGUCAAUCUUGCUUGAACAUGGUGCAGAUCCUAAUGCUGGGGACAGCAGCAAGAACACUGCACUUCACUAUGCUGCCUUUCAUCAGAAUGUAGACAUGGUAGAAAAACUGCUUACAUAUAAAACUAAUAUUGAAGCAAAAAACAAGGAAGGCUUUACACCAUUUAUGUUUGCAGUUUUAAAAGGAAGCUAUGAACUGGCAGAAUUUUUUUUAAAGAUGGGAGCAAAUGUGAAUGCCACCGAUAACAGUAAAAGAACAUCCCUUAUGUUUGCUAUCGUUAUGCAAUCAACAGGCAUAGUCAGUCUUCUUUUUCAAUACAAUGUUGAUCCCACUUGCAAAGACGAAGAUGGGUGGACAGCUGAGAAGUAUGCUAAGUGUUUUAAUUAUCCACUAUGUAUUUAUCCCUUUCUAAUUGAUGAACAAAAACUACAAAAGGAACAGCCCUGUUCACCCCAAAUUAGCGGUUCAGAGAAGGCGUCUGGUACUCGAUUUCCUUUGGGUGGAUUUCCCUUGUUCAAAAAAGCAGAAGCAAGUUCUACAGAAGAUUCUAUAAGCAGAUUCUCUGACAUACCAGAGCCAAGCACAGAUGAUUUAGAUUUUCAUAUGGUGGAAUAUCCCACAGACUCAGAGGAGGAAGAAAAGAAAGUCAUGAUGUCAACAUUUGGACUAGAAGAAGAAGAAGAAGAAAAAGAGGAAGAGGAAGAAGAGGAAGAAGAGGAAGAAGAGGAAGAAAAUACAGAGCCACUUUGGGAUUUAGAGUGUUCCUCUGAAAAUCUCCUGGAAGGCUCUGCAAGACAUAUACUUGGAGCCCCAAAUCAAAACAUAAAAGAAAGUAUUUCAACAAGACAACAUGAAGACUUGAAACGAAAAUUGGAAUUUAAAGGAUCAUCAGAUAGAAACCAAGAAACUUCUGAUAAAAGAGACCAGGAACAGGAUGAAGUAGAGAUGGUUACGGAUACUCUUGAUGACCUCACUCAGUCAUACAACAGAGGUUCUACUUGCCUUUGGGAAGAUAAUAAUGCAGUUCUUGCAAGUGACUUACCAGUAAAAACUAAAAAGUCACAAUGGACAAGAAAUGCUAUGCAUUUAAGAAACACAAUUAGGGGACUACAGGAAAAAUUCUUAAAAAGCAGAAAAACUGAAUCUCGACUAAAGCAUCAAAAAGUAGAAUAUGAUGGAGAACUCAUCUAUGGACCCAGGUUUGCAAAGAAAACAGUAAAUGAAAAAAAAUAAGGAUGAAGUAGAAAUGAUUACAGAUACUCUUGAUGACCCCAGUCAGGCACAAGACACAGAUUCUAUUUGCCUUUGGGAAGAUCAGAAUGUAAUUCUUGCAAAUGACUUAUCAGUAAAAUUAAAAAUGCAACGGGCACAACUCGGACAACUCAGAAGAAGAGUUAUGAGUUUCAAAAAUGCAGUGAGGGAACUAGAGGAAAAUUUAUCAGAAAGCAGCAAAACUGAAUCCCAAAUAAAGCAUCAAAAAGUGGACUGUGAUAGAGAACUCAAUAGAGAUAGCUGCAGGAAGCUCAAAAAGAGAACAAACAGAACCAGCAGUAUAUUAAGUUCUUAGAAGAUUAUAUACAAAAGUUUUAAAUGGAAAAUGCCACUCUUGAAGAUUUAAAAUAGCAAAUGGCCAAAACAGAAAAAUUUCAAAAAAAAUAUUUUGGAUCUACUUUAGUAAGUCAGCUCUGGGAUGUAGUUUUCCUCUUUUUAAAAACACUUUUUAAAAGUGGUAGAACAUGGUAAGAAUUUUAAUUGUAAAAUAUCCAGUUGUUAAUAUAAUUGAACAUUUAAAUACAAUUCAUAUUGACUCAUGAUGCUGGUAGUGUUAAU